UGGGGUGAUAUGCGAAUAAAACAACUGCUGUGGUUCGAUGACAACAUUCCUUUUCUUAGUGGGUGGUGCCAUGAACGCCCACUUGUCGGUAGAAACCGAAAACUCCCCGUGAUGGUAAUUCGGACAUGACAUCAGCGACGUGCGAGUCGUUUCCGCAUUCUCAUACGUCGUCCUCCCCGCCGUCGUGAGAUUGCCACAUAGCGAGCAUUCAUACGGGAGCAAGCCGAGAGUAACACACCUCACGCCGGGUGCAGAUGCAGUGGAUGAUCAUGUGCCUCCUGUGGUUGAAUUUAAUUUAACCACCCACGGAAAACAAAGAAAAAAACUGAGUGAAGUUGCUCGGCAUGGCCGUAUUCAAGCCCGAGAAUGUGGAGGACUUCUACGAGAUCGGAGAAAUACUUGGAAGCGGCCAUUUCGGUGAAGUCCGUCGGGUCCGAGAGUUGGCAACAGGGACUUACUGGGCGGGCAAAUUCGUGAAGCUGCGCAAGAACUCAUGCAGUAUGCUAGGCCUGGAGCGGAGCCGUGUGGAGCAGGAAGUUGAGGUGAUCCAGGCCCUACAGCACCCCAACAUCGUUGCCCUCAAGGAUGUUUUUGAAUGUCGCUCAGAAGUGGUGCUCAUCCUGGAGAUCGUGAGCGGUGGUGAACUGUUUGACUUCAUUGCUGAGAAGGAGAUGCUGUCAGAGGACGAGGCUAUCGAGUUUAUGAAGCAAAUUCUGGACGGUCUGGGCUUCAUGCACAGCAAGAACAUUGGUCACUUUGACCUCAAGCCAGAAAACAUUAUGCUGUCGGACAAAGAAUCGCCACAUCCAAGUAUCAAACUCAUUGAUUUUGGCCUUGCCCAUCAUUUUAUACCCGGGGAGGAGUACAAGAGCACAAGUGGAACUCCGCAGUACAUCGCCCCAGAAGUGAUCAACUGCGAACCCCUUGGCACGGCAGCAGAUAUGUGGAGCAUCGGUGUGAUUACGUACAUACUUUUGAGCGGCAUGUCGCCAUUUCAGGGCAUGACGGAUGAAGACACGUUGAGGAACGUUCUGGCCUUGGACUACGAAUUUGACACACAGUGCUUCAGCACCACUAGCUGCACAGCCAAAGACUUUAUCCAGAAACUCUUGGUGAAGAAUCCCAGUGACAGACUGACGGCUGAGGAGUGUCUUCUUCACCCUUGGAUCAAGCCAUUGACGCGCAAACAGAAGGCCAACAGGACUCGAUCGUCCAUCAACAUGAAGAACUUCAAGAAGUUCAACGCAAGAAGGAAGUGGAAGAUGUCCUACAACAUGGUUUGGAUCUGCAACCGCCUGGUCCGCUUAAAACUGUUGUGUAAAGGCAGUUCAGAUAAACCUGAGUGAGAGAGUGAGAACAGGCCAUAAGGAAUACUUUAAAAACGUAGACAAUGUGAAAGUGAUGCGGAGGACACGGAGAGCAAACCAGCAUCGCUGCUUCGAAGACGACUCAGUAGCAGUUCUUAAAGUUCGACUGCGAAACUGAGGAUGGCUACGUUUUCAGUCUGGUAAUACGAUGAAAUUUUGUGGGUAUGUGAAGCCGGUAAGAAUUUUUUGCCCUGUACCUAUGACAAUUUUGUCACAGCUGCAUGCUACCAGUACUACAAGUGACAUUAUAACAUUCAACAAGUUAACAUCUAAUGUUUAGUGGGAAAAAAAACAGAAGGAAAACCUUCCCUUCAUUUUAUCCAUGUUGUUGAAAUUCCACUUCAAAAACAUUCCUACCUCAGCUCGCCAAUUUUUUUUGUAGCAUCACAGACAUUUGUACGGCCCAUAUUAGGAAUAUUGUGUCAUGUAAACAUAAUCACUAAUUAUACUGCAUGUAUUUUUUGACUGUUUUAUGUCUUUUAAAUGUUUUUAGAAAAGUUUUGCUUAAUAUUCUUUUCAAAUGUGAUGAAACUUACAACAAAGCAUGUUGCAAUUUCAAAUACAGUACAUGUACUUUUACUACAUACUAUGGCGUCUUUUUAAACUGAACCUAACAUUUUCGUCCCUGGGGGAAAAAAAACACAUACCCAAAGCGGAUCCCACCACUGUUAAAGCAUGGCAAGCAAGAUCCUCCUCUUGACUUUAAUAUUGUUACAAAGAAAUACAAAGAGAAGUUUUACCCGGACCGAAAAGGCACUGCUGGCUGGGAUUUUUGCAAAAAACUGUGUGAAAGUGCGGAAACGGCAUGUCGAAGAGGACGCGAGGCUUUUUUGAGGGGUGUGGGGAUUCCUGCGUGUUUAGCUAAAAGACACAAAAAAAGACAAACGUGUCAAAUUGUCCAUCAAUGUACAGAUUCAAAAUGUCAUAAGGUUUGUCUUACAUGGAGGUCAUGUCAUUGAGUGCGUGGUCCAAUUCCUCGCUGAUGGCUUUGUACUUGAGUUUCUGUGCGUACAGCUCGUCUGCAGAAAAGCAACACAAUUUACCGUAAUUUUCACACUAUAAGGCGCACUUGACAAUAAGCCACCGCCCACCAAAUUUUGCACGAAAACAGCAUUUGUCCAUAGAUAAGUCGCACUGGACUAUAAGCCGCUGCUGUCCUCACUGUAUUAUGGGAUAUUUGCACCAAAAGAUAUUAAGCGGUAACACUUUUAAUACCAAAUGAACCACCAUUUAUUACUUCAAGAAGCUUCAUUUGGCCAUCACUCCUCCCUUAAGGAAGACAAUAAACCUCUGCUGCUACCUGCUGUCAACACUGUUGUCGUCCAACAUGCCUCCUCGCCUGCAAUGCAGCACUACAGAUGUUAUAAUAAUAAAAAUUAGGGCUGUCAAAAUUAUCGCGUUAACGGGCGGUAAUUAAUUUUUUAAAUUAAUCACGUCAAAAUAUUUGACACAAUUAACGCACAUGCCCCGCUCUGACAGAUUUAAAUGACAGUACAGUGAAAUGCCCACUUGUUAAUUGUGUUUUAUGGAGUUUUGCCUCCCUCUGCUGGCGCUUGGGUGCGACUGAUUUUAUAGGCUUCAGCACCCAUGAGCAUUGUUUAAGUAAUUAUUGACAUCAACAACCGCGGGCUACUAGUUUAUUUUUUGAUUGAAAAUUUUACGAAUUUUAUUAAAACAAAAACAUUAAGAGGAUUUUUAAUACAAAAUUUCUAUAACUUGUACUAACAUUUAUCUUUUAAGAACUACAAGUCUUUCUAUCCAUGGAUCGCUUUAACAGAAUGUUAAUAAUGUUAAUGCCAUCUUGUUGAUUUAUUGUUAUAAUAAACAAAUACAGUCCUUAUGUACCGUAUGUUAAAUGUAUAUAUCCAUCUUGUGUCUCAUCUUUCCAUUCCAACAAUAAUUUACAGAAAAAUAUGGCAUAUUUUAUUGAUGGUUUGAAUUGCGAUUAAUAGCGAUUAAUUACGAUUAAUUAAUUUUUAAGCUGUAAAUAACUCGAUUAAAAAUUUUAAUCGUUUGACAGCCCUAAUAAAAAUACAUGUUCUGUGCUAAUUAUUUCUUCAGGUACUGUUCUAGUUGUUUCAUUCAUUGCUAGUUAUGGUAUUUGGUUACACUUUAUUUGACAUUGGUGCCAUAAAACUGUCAUAAGACCAUCUGAUUAUGACAUGACACUGACAUGUCUCUUUGACACUCUCACUUUUGAAUGGAUGUAAAAGAUCCAAGCUGGACAUAAAUGGAGUUAGUGACAUAAUUUGCCGGAUGACACAUAAUGGCAUAUGCACUGUCAUAUGCAUUCAUUAAUGCACAAUGUCAUAAUUAUGACGGUCUUAUGGCAGUCUUAUGGCGCUGCUAUUAAAUAAAGUGUUAGCCAUUAACCCUAUGAAUCAACAAAUAAGCAGCACUGGACGAUAAGCCGCAGGAUUCAAAAUGAGGGAAAAAAAAGCAGCUUAUAGUCCGAAAAUUACGGUACUCAAUUUCAGAUGGAGAGGGCUUUAAAUCUGUACAAAAUGUUUUGUACAAGAAAUGUUUAAAGUUGCACUAAAGUGUAUAAAAGUAACAAUUAACAACUGUAAAAUAAAAGAAGUGAAACUACACCUCCUAUGAUGACUUUUCAUUUGUUGAACUUGGACAUUAAAAAAAGGAAAGUGCAUUUUUAUGCAUUAAAUAACGAUAUUAUAGUAUGUCAAAUACUUCCAACAAAAAAAGGAUAAGUAUGUUUGUAAAAGUGUUUCAGUUUGUGCAGCAACGAUUUAUUGAUUAACUCGAGUAAUUCGAUUAGAAAAAAAAAAGUCAAAUCCAAUUUUGGUGCUUCGAGGAAUCGUUUACGUGGCAUGUAAUGGUUUGUUUUGAAAGUGUUUGCAUUUAGUUUUAUUGAUUUUCUCUGGCAACAAUGAAUUAGGCAUGAGCCGAUUACCGGUGUCAAGGUAUACCGUGGUAUGAAAACGUCAUGAUUUCAAAACCACAAAAAUUUCCGCCAUACCGUCCCGACGGUAUUAUCCAUUUUUAUGUCCCAAAAUACAGGGAGCAAUCCCUCGCUUGCAGCUGCAAGGCUCAACUCUCCCCCAGCAGUUGUGGCUCAGUGUCAGUGAGUCAGCUGUGCUACAUGUGGCUGGAGGAGGUGAAACUCUUGAACUUUUUCCCCCAUUGAAAAAAACAAAAUCGUUGGUAUGGGAAUACUUUGGCUACCGAAAAGUUACAGACGGCCGAGGCUUAGAGGAGGAGGGCCAACCGACAUGUAAAACAUGUUUGCGGAAGGUGGCUGCCGAGAAGGCAUAAUCUCCAAUAUGAUUUCGCAUUUAUACAAAAUUGAAGGUUAGUAAAUUCACUGUCAUGAACGUUUCCCUCCAGCUACGAGAGUUAACUCCAGCGUGUUUAGUGUGUCUAGCAGAAAACGUGGUGUUUUUUUCUCUCUGGCAACUGUCUGUGUUGAGAAAAGAGAGAGUGUGUGUGUACAAUGUAAACGUGAUACGUCAAGUUGCUUUAGUUUUCAUAGAUGGCAAUGGUAACGGAGAUGGAACAUGUGUAUUUGCAGCUGCAGGUUAUUAAUAUUGAACAACAAAAGUUGUUAAUACAAACGUUGAAGCAUAGGUGACAUGGAAGACGUUUUGCGAAUGUUUGAAAAGAGCGGUGUUGUUGUGCCGAACCGGAAACAACGUUCUGAGUGGACCAAUCACAGUCAUUUGACGUUCACGUCACGACACAUUGAUGUGACUUGGAGUCAGGAUUUUGUGGAGGCGCACGUCAGCCUACGGCGUAAAGUUGUAAAUUGGGUCUGUGUUAAUGGAGUAGGUCCGCCGUCACGGCAACGCAGAAGCAUAAAUUAGCCUUUAAGGCCAACAUGAAGUUGUAAAUUUUUGUUUUUAGCUUAUAUGUUUAUGCAUUCGUAAUUUAGUUUAGAAGUAUAUUUAGAUUUUU